CGCGUUUGAAUAGGAAUCUCCAAUUUGAAGGAUACCCGACCAGGAGAUCUACGUCUACUUGAACUGAGCCUUUCUGGGAUGGUUAACUGAGCUCUCAUUUCUUUCUCCGUUCCAUUUCCCUGGUUUUUGCAUCCCCAGCAUCAUGUCGCGCACCGACUUCUCCCCAACAGCACCCUACAGCGAGCCUUUGCUUCCUCAAUUGGACGUCCAAAAUCCAUACUACACCGAGCUCCACUACAACCUUCGGGCCUGGGUGCGGAAGUAUGUCGAGGAGAACAUUGCGCCGUACGCUCACGAGUGGGAGUCUGCAGGCCAGAUACCCGAACCGGUUCGCCAACGCCACUGCCAGCUGGGGUUUGGGAUAGUCCACCCCCUGACGACGGUCGAGGAUGCAGCCGGACUAUCCCUUCCAGGGAAUGUGCCGCGGGAAAAGUGGGAUACGUGGUGUAGCCUGAUCCUGGCAGACGAGAUUACACGCGUUGGUUAUGUCGGCGUCUCCUGGGGGCUGGGCGGCGGUAAUAGCAUUGGGUGUCCGCCUAUUGCGAAAUUUGGGACGCCGCAGCAAAGACAACGAUGGCUUCCCAGGGUUGCGAAGGGGGAGAUUCGAUUCUGUCUUGGGAUUACUGAGCCUGAUGCGGGUUCGGACGUCGCGAAUAUCUGUACCACUGCCAAACGUGAGGGAGACCACUAUAUUGUCAACGGAUCGAAGAAGUGGAUCACGAAUGGUAUCUGGGCCGACUAUUGUACGGCUGCGGUCAGGACCGGAGGGCCUGGGAAAUCUGGGAUCAGCCUGCUGGUGAUUCCUCUAUCGGCUCCCGGGGUGACUCGCAAGAGGAUGCACAACUCGGGUGUGAAUGCUAGUGGUUCAACAUUCAUUGAACUGGACGAUGUUCGAGUCCCGGCUGACCACCUGAUCGGCGAGGAGAACAACGGUUUCCCUCUCAUCAUGUCCAACUUCAACCCCGAGCGUCUCUCCCUCGCCUGUGCAUCCUUGCGCCUCGCACGCGUCUGCGCAGAAGACGCCUUCAACUACGCCGUGCAGCGCGAGACCUUCGGCUCCCCACUAAUCCAAAAGCAAGCGAUCCAGUCCAAGAUAUUUAAAUUCGGGCUCAUGAUCGAACCCGCGUACGCAUUCAUGGAGCAGCUAGUCAACAUCGUCGAGCAGACCAAGAACCGGCCGACAGACGAUGUCCGAAUCGGGGGCAUGACGGCGUUACUCAAGGUGAUGUCCACCCGGGCUCUAGAGAAAAGCGUCCGCGAAGCCCAGCAGAUCUUUGGAGGCGCUGGUUACAACAAGGCUGGCAAGGGAGCACGCGUGGAGCAGAUUAGUCGUGAUGCCCGUGUCCAUGUCGUUGGCGGCGGUAGCGAGGAGAUCAUGAUGGGUCUUGCUUUGCAGGAGGAGACGAAGGCGCUUCGCACGAGGCGUAAGGCUUUGGAGAAAGCGUCGCGGUUGUAA